CAUGAUUGCUCCCUAAAACUGUGAAGUAGAUACUGUUCGUCAUCUGCCUCGCUGUGCAAGUCUGUGUGCGUAUGUGUCUGGUUUUCUUGGUUGCUCGUCCCCAUUCCGCAUUCCAGAUAAAACCCAUUUCGAGCCUCAAAGUGGUAUGGCGCAAAGACGUCUAUCUGGACCAAGCUAUAGAGGAAGACAAAGAGUAUAAGCUAUGUGCCCGGGUCGUCAAGGAGGUUCUUAACGAACCGGGUCAAGUAAUCCCUCUUCGAUACCUUGAGAAACGGCGCGAAAGAUUGCGCCUUAAUGUGCAUAUCAAAACUUUUCUUAGCCGUAACCCGUGUUUAUUUGAUGUUUACUAUGAUAGGAUCAAACCCAAGACAGAACCCGUUCAGUUUAUUCGGAUUAGCGAUAGGCUCAAACAAUUUCUCGAGGAAGAGAAAAGGAUUACUAUGCAAAAUGAGCCUUUGAUUGUGUCCAAAUUAUGUAAAUUGUUGAUGAUGUCCAAGGAUAAAGUGAUUAGUGCAGAUAAAUUGGUUCAUGUCAAGAGGGAAUUUGGGUUCCCAAAUGACUUUUUGGUUAACUUGGUGCCCAAAUAUUCUCAGUAUUUUAGGCUAGCUGGGCAUCCAGGAGAGGGGAAAUCGUUCCUGGAAUUGGUUUCCUGGAAUCCCGAGUUUGCAAAAUCUGUAGUUGAGCAAAGAGCUGAAGAGGAGUCAAGGUUGACUGGGAUCCGGGUUCGGCCUAAUUUUAAUUAUAAGCUUCCACCAGGGUUUUUCUUGAGGAAGGAAAUGAGGGAGUGGGUUAGGGAUUGAAUGGAGCUUGAUUAUGUAUCACCAUACCAAGAUGUUUCACAUUUGGAUCAAGCAUCACCAGAAAUGGAGAAGAGAACUGUAGGCGUUUUCCAUGAGUUGCUAUCACUAUCUAUUUUUAAGAGGGUUCCUGUGCCGAUAUUGGGAAAAUUUUGUGAUGAGUAUAGGUUUUCAAAUGCAUUCUCAAGCGUAUUCACAAGGCAUUCUGGGAUAUUUUAUAUGUCGUUGAAAGGUGGGAUUAAAACAGCAAUGUUGAGGGAAGCGUACAAGGAUGAUCAGUUGAUUGAUAGGGAUCCACUACAUGAGAUAAAGGAUAAGUUUGUUGAGCUAUUGGAGGAGGGAUGGCGACAGAGCAACAAGCAGUUAAAAUUGCAGAAGGAAGACAUUAAGGACAUGGAAUUGAUGGCUAUUAGAAAUGAUGAGUAGGAUAAGCAUGGAGAAGAAGAAGAAGAAGAAAGGUUGGUGAUCCUUAAACAGUUGUCCUAAUGGAUGCUGGAAGGUAAAUAGGAAUUGGUUGUAGUCUGGACUUGAUGAUUCAAAGUAAGAGAUUAAGGACAUGGAAUUGAUGGCUAUUAGAAACGAUGAGUAGGAUAAGCAUGGAGAAGAAGAAGAACGUUGGUGAUCCUUAAACAGGUGUCCUAAUGGAUGCUGGAAGGUAAAUAGGAAAUAGUUCUAGUCUAGACUUGAUGAUUCACCACUAGCUGAAUGUGUUGAAACCAUUGUAUGAUUGUAAUUGUGGAAAUCAAAAUAUUGCAUUUUGGAAAAGGUUUAUUCUUGUAGUUUUGUACAGUACUUAUAACAACCAACUCCAUCACAUUUAUUUUCAUUCUUUA